AUGAGCUAUUCAAGUGCAUGCCCCAAAUUUCAUUACACAAGGACCUUCAAUUUACCCAAUGGCCAUUCUUUUAUUGACACGUCGGUAUUGCCAACCGAUAUUUUCAAUCGAGUUGAUAAGGAGUUUUUCUCUGUUGUUCAAUCAGUAGCAGGCGAUAGUGUGUCGAAAAUUUUACGCAUACAAUUGAUCAAUCCGGCGCGAAAAUUAUUGAAUACCGCCGAUGUAUUUGCCUUUUUUCAAGUUGAAUCAGAAGAAAUUGAUGAUUUAAAAAAAGAAACAUGUUUUAAAUCUAAAAAUGGACUUUAUUUCGUUAAGCCCGGUGUUCAAACUGGUUUAUCAAAAUUAACGAGUUUGUUACAACAAAGAAUACAAGAAGAUAAAUUAUCUACGGACAAAAAUAAUGAUAUUCAACAAUCAUAUAUCACUGAUCAAUCGAUAGAUAAGCAUCCACUGUUAAAGUCUUUAAUUCAAUGGUAUCGAUUGAAUGAUUCGAAAAGCUGCAGCGAAAACAACGCAUUGUUAAUAGCUUUGAUCGAUAAUUUGGUCAUCAAUCUAACACAAUCUUCAAAUAACUACAGAUAUUCAGUAAUGGUAAAAAAAUUUGCAACAUGUAUUUACAUUAUAGGUGGAAAACAAUGCUAUGAAUUCAUUAGAUUAAAUUUGCCCGGUAUUUUACCUAAUCUUACGUCCAUUAACGAUUUCAUUAGUCAAUCGAGUCAAGCUUUAAACGAAGCCGAAUUUAAAUUUCACUCACUUCAACAAUUUCAAUCAGGAUUUGGAUUCUGUUCCGAAGAUACAACCGGUGUUAUUCGUAAAGUUGAAUAUGAUUCAUCGACAAAUUCAUUUGCUGGAUUUGCAACGUCGAUUAUUGAUGGUAUUCCAUCGAAAAAAUACUAUCAAAGUGAAACAUUUGAUGAUUUAAAAUCGAAAUAUGAUGCAAGUGAGACAGCUGGACUACUAAAUGUUCAUAUGUUCCAAAGCAUUUCGACUGCCAGUGAUCCAACGAAUGUUUCUAAAUCAUUGUUGCUGUCGGCUUAUGGUGUGAAUAACAAGAUAUCGAGUAUUGAUAUUUUGCGAAGGUGGGCUUACAUAUUUGAAAAUUGUUUGAAUUAUGGUACCCGUAUCAUUGGUUUUUCGACAGAUCCAAUUCAUCUGGUAACCAAGUGGCGAAAUCGAUUGUUAUCGCCAACGGCGAAACUACGCUUUGGUGAUGAUAUAAUUAGUAUGGUGCAUAUCGAAAAAUUGCUUAAUAAUAAUGAUUUUACAAGAUUAGAUCAUGAUUUAAUAAAAGAUGAUGUCAAUCCCAAGGAUCGUCAGAAUUAUAAAUCAUGCAUUAAAUUGAUAUCCGAUGACGUAAUUAACCUUCUCAAUGGCGUUAUCGAUGCAAAUGGAACGAUUGUUUAUUUAACACUAUUGAAAAUGAUAGUGAAAGCUUACAUUGAUCGAUCAAAAAGUAUUCAUGAACUGGUUAAUUUUACUGUGAGAAAUUUUCUUCGUCGGUCACAAAAGUUAGCUAUAUUAAAUGAAAUUAAAUAUGAUUCAUCAGAAAAAGAUUUGCGCUUCCCAAUACACCACAAACAUAAACGUGAAGAUUUUUCCUUAACACCAUACUCUCAAUUGGAUGAUAUUGAUACAUUGGAUAUCGAACAGAUAGUAUUAGAUGCGUAUGAUAAAGCAAUAGAAAUUGUUAAGCAUUCAAGAAUGUUGCACUUGUUAAGCAAAUUUAAUCUGGAUAAUAUGAAUGCGUUAAGUCAAUAUGUUUUUGAUGUGCUAAGGAAAAAUUCCAAAAUGAUCAAUUAUUCGUCACCAAUAGAAAUCGAUAGUGAUCAAGAAUUUGGCUUAGAUGAGGAAAAUGAAGAUAAUGACGAAACGAAUGGUACACAAGAUGACAUUGAUGAAAGUCAGCUUGAUUUUGAAAAUGAAUCUCUUAGUGACGAUGAUGGAGAUAUAUUAAAUUCAAUCAAAUCAGGUUUCGACGGAAUAAGAAUAUAUGAUCGUUGUAAUUCCACAUCAAGACAAUCAUAUUUUAAAGUUAAAAUCAAUGGCAAUAUCAACUCAAAGUCCGCUGUUUUCUCCUUGCUGAAAACUCUGGUCGUUUUUGAAAGUCAAGCCAAUAUUCUGGGUCGAGAUUGUAUCAAGGCACUUCAACUGUUGAACAAGUCAUUCACAGAUCGCAAGGACACCACGGCAGUGUGUUCAAUGCACUCUUCGCUGACGGACCUGCAAGAGAUUUGUACGCAAUAUAAAGAGAUUUUUGGAGAUCAAUUGGGUUGUUCGGAUUUUUCAAAGUGGGCCGCCCCGAUAGUAGCGGUACCGAAGCCUGGUGAGAAGGCGCGAAUCUGUGCUGAUUUCAGUACUGGGAUUAAUCAAGCAAUCGACAUAGAUCAAUAUCCAUUGCCUAGACCAGAUGAUUUAUUUGCUGUUUUGAACGGAGGUAAAUUUUUUAGCAAGAUCAGUUUUUCCGAAGCAUACUUACAAGUACCAAUGGAAGAAACCAGUAAAAAUACUCUGGUAAUUAACACACACAAAGGGUUAUAUCGUUACAAUCGAUUACCAUUUGGCAUUGCUUCUGCACCGAGCAUCUUUCAAAAGUUGGUGGAUACCAUGUUAUCCGGAUUAUAUGGGACUGUUGCCUACUUGGACGAUAUUAUCGUGACAGGCUGUUCGGAGCUGGGCCAUUUAAAAAAUUUUUUAAAUGCUUUUGCUCGGAUCCAAGAUUUUGGUUUUAAAAUUAACAAACAGAAAUGUUCAUUUCUGCAAUCCGAGGUGGAGUAUCUUGGUUUCGUGGUGAAUUCCGACGGUAUUCAUACGUCGACGUCGAAAACCGUAGCAAUUCGUGAAAUGCCACAGCCAUCGAAUGUGUCACAAUUGAAAUCAUUUCUUGGCAUGGUUAACCACUACGCAAAAUUCAUUCCUCAUUUGGCGUCUCAGUUGACACCGUUGUAUGCGUUAUUGAAACAAGAUGUUCGUUGGCAUUGGAAUGCAGAUUGUAG